AUGGUUGCAAGCUCUAUUCACAAUGGUCUGAAUCCCUUUGACCCGGACAAACCACUACAAGAGCUCGCUUGCUUCAAAAUCCCUCGAGAUACCUCACCGAACGGUCUGGCUCCGGUUGCCAUCCAUAUCCCCAAGAACAAGAGCACUGGCAACCUUCUGGCCACAAGAGAAGAACCGAGCGCACCAGCCGAACGUCAGAGAUUCUCAUUCGACGCUGGAUCUACUCAGGAAAUUCACAACCUGCGGAAAAAUGCUCGCGUUGAUCACGAUGGCGGUGUCGCAGCUUCAGGCCUUCGCCGCAUACGAAGAGCUCCCUCAUAUCGAAGUCCUGUCCUGGCUUUCGACGAAGAUGCCUUUUUUGCCCCUUUGCUGCACAAAACUAUCACCAUGCCUGCUUCCGGUGUGGCUUCUAGGUCGGCAUCACACUCUCGAGCUGCUUCUCGAUCUGCCUCUAUCCAUCAGGCCUUCGUAAGCGGACCUACUUCACCAAUUAUGGAGGAUUUACAAAGAUUUCCAGCCGAGUCCCUUCACUCUUUCUCCUUUGCUAGACAAUCUGAAGACUUUUUGCACAGUAGGCAAGCAAUCAUUGAAAAAUCUAUGGAUUUUGUGCGCAGUCACAGGUCACUGAAAAGCAACGUUGGUAUAGCCAAUGCUCAAGCAAAAGUGACUGGAGAUGAGCAGUUACAAGGCGUUUUGGAUUUGCUGAAGAGAGCCCAAGUUGUGCCAUCGUUAGACUUGAAGGCAGCGAAUGCGCAAGUAGGAUUGGGAAUAGGGCCCUUGACUGGUCCCGCACACCUAGACGGUCGCAACAUUUUCGAUCGCAAUUUCGGAAUUGGACUGGAGGACACGAAGGAAGAGACGGAGCUGGAUUCAGAUGAGGAAGCACUUCAGCCAUGGCAGUCCGCAGAUAAUGCUGAAGCUAUAGUUGAGGAGCACGAGGACGUCAAGCCAGAAAGAGAAAUUCGCGUAACCUCACCUGAACUCCCUCGCAAGCCUGGACUGAAACGAACGAUGACAGAUAUUAACAUGCUUUCUUUGCAGCAGAAACUGGUCGACACACUAGCCCAGCCCUAUUCCUCCAAAGACGCUCCUCUAGCCCAAGGCAGCAAUGCAGUAUCCUUUCUACCUGGGGCAACUGCUCCCCCGCAACAAUCCAUCACUCCCCCGCAGACCGUUCAUGUUCCAAGCAGUAAAUGGUCACCACCUGCACAGGCUUUUUUCCGCACAGAUGCUGACUCUCCAUGGACAAUUGUAGCUGCUAACGAUCUUGCAUGCUUGGCUUUUGGAGUCACACGUGCAGAAGUCAGGAGUCUAAGUAUUUUAGGUCUGAUACAACAAGAAAGGAGGAAAUGGCUGGAGGACAAAUUACGUCCGGCCGAAGAAGUGAUUGUGAUCUCAAAGCCGCCAAUAACCGAAUCACUAAACGGCCGUGUAUCAUCAAUUGGGUCGAAAGGAGGAAUUACAGCGAGACUUCUUAGCAAGGCUCCAUCUCGAUCCACCAAAUCUCAAAGAGCCCAAACAGCAGAUGGUGCACAAACUGCUGCUGGAAAUUUCACCUCCCUCCCUAACAAGAACCACGUGGCUAAGAAAUCUAGAGGAGUGCUCCUUUGUGGUGAAAUCUUGCCAAUUCAGAAACGAGAUGGCACUUUGGGAGCUGCCAGUUUUUGGGUUAUGGAAAAGCGCGGAGGUUUGAUCUGGAUUAUCGAGCAAGUCGUUGAGGACGUCGCCUUUCUCGAAUUUGACAACUCGCGUCGACUCACUAAUAGCCGUGGUGAUACCGAAAAUAUUUGGGGCGAAUCGCUACGAAACAACACGAAGUUACGCUACUUGGUACCUAAGCUCUCUUUCGAGGAUUUGGACAAUCCUGCUUUCGAUGGCGAGCCAGUUUUAGGUUAUUACACUGUCUCGACCAUGGGUGGUGUCAAUGUCCCGACUUGUGUAGCCAAAGUCAAAGGCAAACAGGAAUUGAGAGUUUCCAGUCUGCCAAACAUUGCUGGUGUAAUGGUUUUGCAGCCAGAUACUCUCAAGAUCAGCAGUUCGAACAGCAUCUUUUCUCAGUCUCUUUUUGGUUAUCAACAUCCCAACGGCACACACAUUGAUGAUCUUAUCCCUAAUUUCAGUCAGAUUCUCGACCUACUACAAGAGGACAAUGACAAUUUUUUCGCCGAAGGUCUCGUCGUACCUGAGCAUAGCUUCAGAAGAGCUAGAGCUCUGCUUACUCUUCGAGAUGGUGCAGAGAAUGCUGCAAAUUUGUUUCUGCGGCCAGCUGGACUGAUCGCCAGACAUCGAGAUGGUUCUGAUAUUUUAGUUGACAUUCAGAUGAGGGUGGUUCGAAGUGAGACGGUUUUUCCUGUUCCAGCAGAAGAUGUGAUUGUCGAAGAAGGUGUUGAGGAACAAUCUCCGAGACAGCUCGCUGUUGCGGAAACAGUCUAUGCACUAUGGAUCACCUACUCGAGACAACUUCACUCUGCUGGUAUGGGUGUUGCACGACCAGAACAUCCUCUGGUAUCAAGACCUGCAACGCCACCACCCCAACCACAACCCAACGAAGAUAUACCAUCUCCACCCGAGACAGCCGAACUGCCGACGUUUAUGGAAGUACCUGCAUCAAUGCCGCACUCACGAGAUCUGAGCCCCGCCGAGCCGCUCGAACAUCCCCCUCAAAACAUCGCCCAAGUUGUCUCGGAAAAGAAGACAAUAAGAGACUUUGUGAUAAUUGAAGAUAUGGGUUCAGGCGCAUAUGGUGAAGUCAAGUUGGCAAGGUACAAGACUAGUCGAAACAGUAAGGUCGUCAUCAAAUAUGUGACAAAGAAGAAGAUUCUUGUAGAUACCUGGAUCAGAGAUCGUCGACUAGGAACAACACCACUGGAAAUUCAUGUCCUUGACUUCUUGAGAAGAGAUGGCUAUCGACAUCCCAAUAUUGUUGAAAUGAUUGAUUUCUUUGAGGACGACAUCAAUUACUAUAUUGAAAUGCUGCCACAUGGUCUUCCUGGCAUGGACCUAUUUGAUUACAUCGAACUUCGAAUGGGGAUGCAGGAAAAUGAAUGUCGGCACAUCUUUCGUCAAGUCGUUGAUGCUGUUCACCAUUUGCACAUGAAGGCGUCGAUAGUACACCGUGAUAUCAAGGACGAGAAUGUUGUCCUGGAUGGCGAGAAUCUAGUCAAGCUCAUUGAUUUCGGCAGCGCGGCCUACAUCCGGAAUGGACCUUUUGAUGUCUUUGUCGGCACCAUCGAUUAUGCAGCGCCUGAAGUCCUCCAAGGUCGGGCAUAUGCUGGUCCAGAGCAGGAUGUGUGGGCUCUCGGUAUUCUACUAUACACUAUUGUCUUCAAGGAGAAUCCUUUCUACAACAUCGACGAAAUCUUGGACCAUCCACUACGCUUGCCACCCCUGGAAGACCCAUACAGUGACGAUUGUAUUGACCUGGUUCAGGCUAUGCUGAAUCGAGACGUUGAAGGUCGGUUGGAUAUCGAAAUGGUGAAAAAUCAUCCUUGGAUGUUGGCUGAGGAUUAA